UGCUGCUCUCCCUAGGAGGGCGGGCAGCAGGCACUUGACAUGGCGGCAGCAUCGGCGACUGCAGCGACCAAAGGGAAUGGAGGCGGCGGAGGCCGGGCCGGGGCAAGCGAAGCCAGCGGUUCGCGGAAGAAGAGGGGCCCGGGGCCUUUGGCCACGGCGUACCUGGUCAUCUAUAAUGUGGUGAUGACGGCUGGGUGGCUUGUUAUAGCAGUUGGCCUGGUCAGAGCAUACCUGGCUAAGGGUAGCUAUCAUAGCCUUUAUUAUUCCAUUGAAAAGCCUUUGAAAUUCUUCCAAACUGGAGCCUUAUUGGAGAUUUUACAUUGUGCAGUAGGAAUUGUCCCAUCUUCUGUCGUCCUGACUUCUUUCCAGGUGAUGUCAAGAGUUUUUCUAAUAUGGGCAGUAACACAUAGUGUCAAAGAGGUACAGAGUGAAGACAGUGUCCUUCUGUUUGUUAUUGCCUGGACAAUCACAGAAAUUAUCCGUUACUCCUUUUAUACAUUCAGUCUCUUAAACCAUCUGCCUUACCUCAUCAAAUGGGCCAGGUACACACUCUUCAUCGUGCUGUACCCGAUGGGGGUGUCGGGAGAGCUGCUCACGAUAUACGCUGCUCUGCCUUUCGUCAGACAGGCGGGCCUGUACUCCAUCAGCCUGCCCAACAAGUACAACUUCUCCUUUGACUAUUACGCAUUCCUGAUUCUGAUAAUGAUCUCCUACAUUCCACUUUUUCCUCAGUUGUAUUUCCACAUGAUCCACCAGAGAAGAAAGGUCCUUUCUCAUACUGAAGAACACAAGAAGUUUGAAUAGUUCCUGUUUCCUGAACCCCUCCAAAAACAAACUUUUCAAUGACAAAAAUGCUGCAGACUUUUUGAGUUCCCAAUACGUUUCAUAGAAAAUAAAAACUAUUUUUAAAAUACUAAACAAAACAAAACAAAAACCAAAAUCCAGUGUCACACAGACCUGGGAUUUUAUAAAAUCUAAAAAAAAAAGCUCUUACAUAAAACACCCUGGCCAGUCCAUUAGGCAUGCUUUUUCAACCAGGAGUUCCCAGCAUUUACUAUGGCGCUAGAAAGGGAUUCGGCAUUUCUGUCCUCCUGUUCCCGUCCUGUAUCUGAUAAAUAAAGACCUGUAACAACACGUACGAGAGUUGCAGUCUGAGUGAUGGCGUACCUGCGGACGCCCGGCUUGCAGUGGAGUUCCGUUCCAGUCCGUGGUGUGUGUAGCGUUCCCUUCCAAAAUGCUUGACUGCAUGCUGGAAACUAUUUGUAUUUUUGAAGCAGCAAACUUUGUUCUCUGGAAUGCUCUGAGGUUAUGGCUAGGACCUUUCCCCUCAUAUCUAGUGAGUGAAAUAUACAGUUUUGUGUCUGUGAAGCUUUGGGAUAGUGCCCGUUUCAGAAAACAACCAGGACCCUUUUGUGUGUUUUCAGUUGAGACAUUACUGCCUGCCACUAAGAAACAUGCUUGAAUGUAGUAAGUGUGUGUACACUGUAGAGAACCUACCUUAUCUGGGGCUCAGCCUCACUCCUAUUUUCACAAAAUGACAGUUCUCAGAAAGGGCAAGUUUCAUCGCUAGUAAGUGCCAGGUACCUUUCCCAGUACCGUUCUCAGAACCCCUCUGAGGAAUGCAUUGGCCAAUCUCUGUUCUCAUUUACGGACCUAAAACCCGUCUAGUCACAGGAAUAGAAAAGCUGUUAUUGAAAUGCAUGGAAGGUGUUACUUUAGAAAUGUAAUCCAGAAGAACAUUCAGUAGUAGGUUUUUAAACCCUUAUCAGUUUACUUUUUGAUUUUCAUGAAACUCUUCUGUUUGGGAAUUUUCCGUAAUCGUGGCCCUCUGUAAUCCCCACCACCUUACAUGUCCCGAGGCAGUGGGAUGCCUGGCUGGGCAGUCCUGAGCUAAAAGCGGUGCCGUCCCAUGUGCUGGAGCAGCUGAGAAAUGCUUUGGUCAAAUGGACAUGGUCUGAUUAACUUCAUGUCUUCAUACUGUUCAGUUGCUCAGCUGUGCAUUUACGACUCUUCAGGGAAAGGUUGGUGAAAGUGUAAGCCAUGUGCAUUAGAUUUUAAACAGGAUAUUCUUCGUAGAGCCAUUUUUUCCUUUUAAAUUGGUUGAUCUUUAAAACCCUAAAAGUCUAGUUUAUAGAGUAGUUAUUUAAAAUAUAAUUGCUAAUAUCUGAAGAGUGAAAUAGUGGGAAACUUAAUUUUUAAUUGCCUAUUUUCAUAGAGGCUUGAGAAUCAGUAUGAAAACGAGAGAAAACGUGCACACUGGAGUGUAGACAGUGCAGGCAAGUGCGUAGUCAGCUCCUUUUGAAAUUGAGCCUUAAACUUCUGCUUCUUAAAGUCAGCGCUCAACUUGGGUGUGUUGAGAUUAGAAUCUGUUCUCAUACUUGCUAAAAUAUGUGAGAAAGAUUAUAUUUCAUGGUUUUUCUUUUUAUUUUCCAAAAUGUAUUUCUACUGUAAAAUAGAAUCAGAUUGGGUUAUUAUAUUAGACUUAAUAUUAAUUUGGGUAAGAUUUUUUUUAAUUGUUUUUGGAAUAGUUAUUAGAGGAUGGGAUAAAAAUGCAGGUUUUUCGAGAUUGCUGGGUUGGUUUUAUUCCGGCCUCUCUGUUACAGUUCAUCACUAUUUGCGGAAAGAACCUGUUGCAGACAGUGGUGUUGCGUCUGACUGAGCUUUGGCAACAAGAGCACAGCCAACAAGUCCUUCCUCAAAAAGGGCCUCAACCCUAGGGUUAUUUUUGUACAUCAGACAUCUAAAAUGCUUAUGGCAGAGAAGUAAGACAUACCACCAUGUCCUUCGGUCACCUUUCUCAGUAUCUUUAGCUCCAACAUGAAUUAAUUCUUCCUUCGAAGUGGUGGCAUCCUUUUAUGAAUUGAGACCAGCUAACCCCACCAAAUGUCCCUUCUGCUUAUUAAAGGUGAAUGAAGAAGGUGGUAUUGGUGGUUAUUUUGUCAGACUGUGUGUUCAUUUCAGGGCACAAAGGCAUCAACUGCCCAGCUGCACCCCCAGGGGAUGUUUCAGAGCCCCCCCAUAUGGGGACCACCUUCUGGCAGAGAAUUCUGUGAGGUGUGCAGCAGUGCUUUGUAGACACAACUGCUGAUUUGCAUAUCGCUGUGUUCUGUCUGCUAAGGCUGGGAAUUUUCGUUUAACACGAGCUGCAAAGGCACACUUAUCAAAGGCCCCGUGGAGAGUUAGUCAUGGAACGAAGUACCGUCCUCCCAGACAAGACUGCUCUGAAGUGAACAUCCUGCAGAAGACGUAGCAUGAAAGAGGCACGGGAAGAGAUUCUGCCCUCAUUUCCACUUGCACUUUUGGUCAUUCGUUUGUAAUAAAAGGUUGGCAUUUAUGUGAUACAACCUAUGAAUUAUUUUCAAUCCUGAGUUUCAGAUAAACAUUAUAAAACAUCAAAAUCAGUACAUACUGCUCCUUUGAAAUUUAGGUGAAAAUUUAUACAACCAUAUAUACAGUCAUUUUUGUAUUUUUUCUAUGUUGUGAAAACCAAAAUUGUAAUUUUAUAGGUCUUUGAUUCACUAAAAUUCUAUAAUUUAAACGGAUUUUUUGUAUAUUUAGAAAUAAGGCAUUCAGAGACUAUGCUUAACUUUCUAUGCAUGCAUUUGGAAGCUGUUUUUACCCGAUAAUGUUAACAGUAAUAAGUUGUAUUCAUAAAAUACUGAUCUGUGUCGCAUUUCAAAAUAAACUGGUGUGUGCUCUGCCUGGAUCUGAAA